CCGUCCUCUCCAGUCGCCGCUCAAAGGGACUUCUCAGACUCUGCUCCGACCUGCGAUCUCACCAGCCGACCGCAAAGUUCAGUUGCAGCAUCUGGAGAGAAUAAAGACAUGAAGCCAGUCCCUCUGCUCCUGCUUCUCUCCUCGGUCCUCCUCACACAGCACCUCCGUCCCGCCGCCGGCAGACCGCGCAUCCUCCCCGGCUGGCUGGAUGGCAGCGGCCGCCUCCAGACGCAGCAACUGGAUGAAGUGCUCCUCAGAGCGGCGGCCGCCGGGGACAGCACCGCUUCAAAUCUACUGGGCGACAACAUCCUGAGGUUUCUCCAAAGGAGGAACCUGGACCCUCUGCACCUGCUCCCACCAGAGGACGAGAGCGAGGAUGAGGCAGUGAGGACGGCAGUGCAGCUGUUGAAACGGAGCGAAGAGCCGCCGCUGUCCAUCGACCUGACCUUCCACCUGCUGAGGAAUAUGAUCCAGAUGGCCAAGAUGGAGAGCCAGAAGGAGCAGGCUCAGCUCAACCGCAAAGUCCUCGACGAGGUCGGGAAGUAAAUCUCUAUUUAUUUUUUUUAAAUGCCUCAUUAAAAACAGCCAAACCGCUGUCUAAGUAUUCAAGACCUCUGACAUUAGUUGUUGUUUGUGCACCUGCCUUCUUCUCCACAUCGUUUUACGCACAGAUGGUGCCAAUUUACGCGUCACAGCAUCCGCGAGUAAAAUGUAAAUUCUUAAGUGUUAUUUAAGGACUUUGUUGGAAAAUAUGGAAACGGACUUCUCACAUCCCUCACCCUGCACAUACUCCUCUCCGCACUGGACUUCUGGACACUUCUGUCGAGUACUGGAUUUCACACUUUUAUCAUUUGGACAUAGUUUAACCGGAUAUGAGCAGUGCUGUUUUUAUUGUCUCUUUCAUCAAAUGUUUUAAUGCUUGAAGUGAAAAUGACAGAUUACACCUUACUAAAAUAAACGAAUCAAAGGUGCAUGAUGGGUGUUUAGCUUGUAACACACCACACAACUGAAUUGGUGCUGUUGUGGUAAAUAAGAGUAAACUUUGACCUCCAGUUUAUGAUCACAAGAAGGUGAACAUACACACAAAAACUCCAGGGUUUUCCUUUAUUACAUUACAAAGAAUACAAUCUAGACCUGCUCUAUAUGAAAAGUGCAAUGAGAGAACUUCUGUUAUCAAGUGGCAUUAUAUAAAUAAAACUAAAUUGACAAAUGUAUGUUAAUCUUCAUAUAACCCCUCUUUAGGUUGAUCCUUCAAGUAAACAUGACCCUUAUGAUUUAAGUCAGACUGCAAACAUGGUAAGCUGAUUAGUUCAUGUAAACUAGUUUCAUAUGCAAAGGAGUAAUUGAAGCACCAAGGUUCUGUGCUGCAGAAAACAUAUUCUGGUACUAUACAUAAGUGGCCAAAUUAAGGUGGCAUUCCUCCAGUUAAAGUAAUGACUUGAGGGACAAUUAGCUCAUAAUGAACCUUAUUCAAAGAAAACUGUCUUUUCAUUGCUUUGAUUGAAAUUGUUGUAAUGGGAUUUGUUUGAAAGUGUAGCUGAAAGACAUAGUUUAUGUUGAUUUGUUUUCAAUUCACAACUGUCAUAUCAGCUCUAACCUUCCUUUCGUCCUCUUGUCUGUCCUUUGGUUUGAGCGGGAGCACUAUCACCUGUACUGUAUCAACUGUAGCAUGCUAAUCUACAAAAAAGAA